AUGACACUCAAUUCUGGAUUCAAGGUUAUUGAAACCAGCGUAGGGCCAAUCAUAUGCGGAAAAGGACUAUUGAAAGAGACAAAUCUAAUUCAAACAGCAUGUUACUCAACACAAGAAGCGAAGAAAAGUGAAAUCAAUUUCGACGAAUUCUGGAAGUUAGAAACCAUAAGGAUUAUAGAUCCACCCGAAAUCACCGAUGAUGAACUGGCUAUGAAACAAUUUGAAAAAAUUGUACAAUACAGCGAUGGGCGCUACUCUGUAAAGUGGCCCUGGAAAUCAGAAUCGAAUGCGUUAACGGAUAGCAAUGUUCUAUGUCUUGGAAGGCUGAAGUCAACCGUUCGGCGGCUGAAUUUGGAUCCUGAACUCUUCGAAAGAUACGAUCAAAACGUUCAAAGAGCAACUCGAGAAGGGAGUCACCGAAACCUGCGAUGGAAAGACAGAUGGGCCAGUUUAUUACAUGCCACACUAUCUCGUAUUCACUCCCCAAAAGAAAACAACAAAACUGCGCAUCGCGUUCAACGCAUCAUCAAAAACAAAAGCACAGCAACAAAGUCUCUGUGGAGCAUUGUUACGAGGACCUGUAUUUCUGCCUCAACUCUGUGGUAUUCUCUUGCGUUUUCGGACGCGAACAGUUGUGAUGGGCAGUGA